UCAGCUGACUGACUCCGGGAAAAAGAAUCUACAGGAGCUUCAUGAACAGCACGAGCUCCCAUUAAACCCAUAAGGAGUUAUUAUUAUUAUAAUAAUUAUUAUUGUUGUUGUUGUUGUUGUUGUUGUUGUUGAAAAGCAGGAUGAUUCUUUAACGCCACGGGUCUGGUGUAAGUGAAGUUUCUUUGGCGGUACGAUUCCCGAGGCGGAGUCAUGGAGUUCUGGUUGAUCUCGGCUCCCGGUGAGAAGACGUGCCAGCAGACGUGGGAGAGGAUGAAUGCGGCCACCUAUAACAUUAACUUCCUGUCUUCCAACUCCAAGUUCACUAUUCCAGACCUAAAGGUAGGAACCCUGGAUGUGCUUGUAGGACUCUCAGACGAGCUCGCCAAGCUGGACUCGUUUGUUGAAAGUGUGGUGAAGAAAAUAUCCCACUACAUGGCUGAUGUUUUAGAGGAUGGCAGGGAUAAAGUCAUGGAAAAUCUUCUAGCCAAUGGAGUUGAUUUGGUGACUUACAUCACAAGGUUCCAGUGGCAUAUGGAAAAAUACCCAAUCAAACAGUCCCUGAAGACUAUCUCGGAAAUCAUCACAAAGCAAGUGACUCAGAUAGAUAACGACCUGAAAGCCAGAGCUUCAGCGUACAACGGGUUAAAAGGCAACCUUCACACCCUGGAGAGGAAGAACGCAGGGAGUCUUCUGACGAGGAGUUUGGCUGACCUCGUGAAGAAAGAGGACUUCGUGCUGGACUCGGAAUAUCUCACCACUCUCCUCGUCGUCGUUCCGAAGGCAGGUUACGCCGACUGGCAGAAGACGUACGAAACCCUCUCCGAGAUGGUGGUUCCACGAUCUUCGAACCUGAUUGUUGAAGACCAGGAUAGUGGUCUGUUCAGCGUCACCCUCUUUCAAAAGGCCAUUGACGACUUCAGACUCAAAGCCAGGGAAAAUAAGUUCAUUGUGCGCGACUUCCAGUACAACGAAGACGAGCUGAAGGCCGACAAAGAGGAGUUGACUCGGCUGUCUACAGACAAGAAGAAGCAGUUUGGUCCACUGGUACGAUGGCUGAAGGUGAAUUUUAGUGAAGCUUUCAUCGCCUGGAUCCACAUCAAGGCUCUCCGGGUUUUUACCGAAUCGGUUUUGAGGUAUGGAUUGCCGGUCAACUUCCAGGCUAUGCUUCUGCGGCCCAAUAAGAAAUACGUGAAAAAGCUACGUGAGGUCCUGCAUGAGCUUUACAGGCAUCUGGAUAGCAGUGCGGCUACUAUCAUUGAUCCCUCCAUGGAUAUCCCCGGUCUGAACCUGAGUCAGCAGGAAUAUUACCCGUAUGUCUAUUACAAGAUCGACUGCAAUCUUCUUGAUCUAAAAUAAAA